ACUUGGAUUUACUUGUAUCGAUUAAAAAGUUCGAAGAAUGUAAAAAAAUAAUGUUUUGUUAAAGAUUACCGAAAUGGGAGCUGUUGUCGAAACGUCAAGACUAAUUAAAUUAAAAAAAAAAGACUAAUAAAAUAUUCUUUCGGGCAGUGAAAGACACCGCUUUUGAAAUACUCCUUGCAGCUUAUGAAAUAGUAAAUUAAGAAAAAAAUUGAAAUGUUACCAGAGUCGGCUACAUUUGCUUUGACUUUGCUUACUUAUGGCGCAAUACUUCUACUGCUAAUCUACUACGUCCUGACACUUGCUGAUCUGGAGAGUGACUACCUUAAUGCCCAGGAGUGCUGUGCUCGGUUGAAUUUCUGGGUUAUUCCUAAAUUCGGGUCGCACGCAAUACUCUGUAUGCUCCUCUUACUGGGCGGCCAUUGGAUAAUGUUUUUACUAAACAUUCCAGUGGUGGUUUGGUUAGGUUAUGAAAUACACAAACAACCAAGGGAUAGCCUAGGCGUUUACGAUCCUGUAGACAUACAUAGCCGUGGAUUGUUGAAAGUGCAUUUGAGGAACUGUAUGAUUUGUUUGGGAUUUUAUUUUAUAAUGUUCUUCAUAGCUUUGUAUUGCUUAAUAACGGCAUUACUUAAAGGAGAUCCGAUCAAACGACAUGAGGAAGGUCUAAUUGUAACUGAUUUCUAAGUUUCGGUGCCCCAAAAAGUGGCAUUAUUAGUUGCGGUAUAGUACAGGAUUUAAUUUUCAACUAGCCAGAAAUUUAUAUAUAUUAGUUACAUUCCAGCAGCAGUACGAAUAGCAGGUUUUGCAGGAUUUUACAGGAUUUACAGCUGUUUUCGCCAUUAAUAAAUCUUAUGUAAGGAGUCGUGCGGGAACAGCUUCCUGGAAAAUCCUGUAAAUUCCUGCUAUUCGUACUGCUGCUGGAACGCAACUAUUAUGAAUAUACCUUUGUAUGUAUGUAUAUACAUAGUGCCGGUGAUACUGGUAAACGUUGUAUGACACCUCUGGUGCUUAAAUGACCUGUCACCUGUAUCUGAUUGCCUCAGUUAGUCGCUCAUAUUCAUCAACAAAGUAGAAAGUUUUGGCAUUAAUGUAUGAUUUCCAGGUGCAUUUCAGUGCAGAUAUAAUCGAAGUGCUAAGGGUAAUAUUUGCCAUAGAACUUUUUGCAAUCACCGACGAUAUGUAAUGGCAGAAUCGCAAUGGGGGGUUCUGUUGGUCGCGCGUUUGACAUGAGUAGAACUGCAUGUCGCAAUGAAACCUCAAGGGUUUGACCCUAAAUUUUUUGCCAAUAUCGUAUGCAGUGCACGAAUUUACCACUUCAUUGGGCGAUCUACCCACUUUUUAGUAUAUUAUAUUUUCUACCAUUUUAACCAACAAAGACUAAAAAUCUACCAAUAUUUUGCGGUAAGAAAGCAAACAUUUAAAUGAACAUACAAACUUUGUCAUCGAACACACCUUAAAUAAAAAUGAAAAGUUAACUUUGACGGAGAAUAAUUGUUCGAGUCUCCCUCCUUUAAAUUAAUACAGGGCCCGAAUCAUGAUUUAAUAACAGAGGUGCUAAAGAAUGCAGCCUUCGUGACUUUAAAUCGUUGCAGUCACAUUCACUGACUAACACUUUAACUGUAGCCAAUCAAUCACAUGUUUGACUAUAGACUGCAAAGUUGAAGUCAUUAGUCUUUUCUGUUAUUCAUAACCAACUAGUCAUUAUUGCAGUCUGGGGUGAAUAAUGAAAGUCUAAA